UCGGAGCAACGUGGCGGCCUUUGCCCACCUGCAAGGCUGCGGUGCGGCCAAAGGACACUGGGCAGAAGCUAGCAUUGGAGACGCUGGACGAGUUGGACUGGUGCCUGGACCAGCUGGAGACCCUGCAGACGCGGCACUCGGUGGGGGAGAUGGCCUCCAACAAGUUCAAGCGGAUGCUGAACCGCGAGUUGAGCCACCUUUCUGAAACCAGCCGCUCUGGGAACCAGGUGUCCAAAUACAUCUCCCGGACCUUCCUGGACCAGCAGACUGAGGUGGAGUUGCCCAGGGUGACCCCCAUGGAGACUCCGCAGCCUAUGUCCCAGAUCAGCAGCCUGCGUGAGCUCCCCCACAGUGCCAGCCUCUCUGCUGCCACUGUCCCUCGCUUCGGUGUCCAUACUGACCAGGAGGGGCAACUGGCCAAGGAGCUGGAAGAUACCAACAAGUGGGGGCUUGACGUGUUCAAGGUAGCAGAGCUAAGUAGGAACAGGCCCCUCACAGCCAUCACGUUCAGCAUCUUUCAGGAGCGGGACCUACUUAAGACAUUCCGGAUCCCAGCUGACACACUUGUCACCUACCUGCUGACGCUGGAGGGCCACUACCAUGCUGACGUGGCCUACCACAACAGCCUACAUGCCGCUGAUGUGGCGCAGUCCACGCACGUGUUACUGGCCACUCCCGCCCUCGAGGCUGUGUUCACAGACCUGGAAGUCCUGGCUGCCAUCUUUGCAAGUGCUAUUCAUGACGUGGACCAUCCUGGGGUCUCCAACCAGUUUCUGAUUAACACCAACUCAGAGCUUGCACUCAUGUACAAUGAUGUCUCUGUGCUGGAGAACCACCACCUGGCUGUGGGCUUCAAGCUAUUGCAGGCCGAGAACUGUGACAUCUUCCAGAACCUCAGUGCCAAGCAGCGGCUGAGCUUGCGCAGGAUGGUCAUCGACAUGGUGCUGGCUACGGACAUGUCCAAACACAUGAACCUGCUAGCCGACCUCAAGACCAUGGUAGAGACCAAGAAGGUAGCCCGUCUCGGCGUCCUGCUGCUGGACAACUACUCCGACCGCAUCCAAGUCCUGCAGAACCUGGUACACUGUGCCGAUCUCAGCAACCCCACCAAGCCGCUGCCCCUGUACCGCCAGUGGACUGACCGCAUCAUGGCUGAGUUCUUCCAGCAGGGUGACCAGGAGCGUGAGACAGGCCUAGACAUCAGCCCCAUGUGCGACAAGCACACGGCCUCUGUGGAGAAGUCCCAGGUGGGUUUCAUAGACUACAUCGCCCACCCACUGUGGGAGACGUGGGCUGACCUGGUACACCCGGAUGCCCAGGACCUGCUGGACACACUAGAGGACAACCGCGAGUGGUACCAGAGCAAGAUCCCCCGCAGCCCCCCGGCCCCCAGCAGCCCCCAGCAGGGCGGUCCUGACAGGUUUCAGUUUGAGCUGACCCUGGAGGAGGCAGAGGAGGAGGAGGAAGAAGAACAGGUGGCACUGGAUGGAGAGGCUUCAGAAUUGCCUGACAUUGAGCUCCUGUCCCUCAAGGCCAGCCCAGACCCCCAGAUCCCACAGCUGGCCAGCCAGAGGACUGUGGGCAAGACUUUCGUGGACUAUGAGGGCAACAUGAUGGCCAAGCCCUUUGGCCCCAGGAGGUGGACUUCUCAGGAGUAGGUCCGUGGUGGUCCUG